AAUUCCAGAGGGGUUUAUUUCUGGUUUAGUUUGAAGAACACAGAAGGGAAGAGCUGCAGCUCUCAGAGGCCGCCUGGACGGGCGCAGCAAUGGCAGAGCACCCACCACACCUGGCCCUGGCUGCUGCUCCCCCGCAGGCUGCGGGCUGCUCCUCCCCGGGCGCUGCAGCGAUGCAGUAGCGUGGCACAGCGCGCUCGGCACGGCUCUCUCGGCUCGUUGUGCGCGGGGAGGCGGCUCUGGAGCGGCGGCACCGCGGCCAUGGGUCCGGCCAACACCGCUGCCACGGCCCCCGGGGACUCUGCGGGCAGGGACAGCUCGGGCAAGCACUACCUGUGCGGGCUGUGCGCCGCCUUCACCAACAUCAUGGUGACGUUCCCCAUCCAGAAGGUUCUGUUCCGGCAGCAGCUGCACGGGCUGCGCACGGGCGAGGCGGUGCGCCAGCUGCGCCGCGACGGGCUGCGCACGCUCUACCGCGGCAUCCUGCCCCCGCUCAUGCAGAAAACCGCCACCAUGGCGCUCAUGUUCGGCCUCUACGAGGAUUUCUCGGCGCUGCUGCUCAGCCACGCGCGCGGCCCCGAGCUCCUGACGCGCAGCGCGGCCGCCGCGCUCACCGGCACCACCGAGGCCGUGCUCACGCCCUUCGAGCGCGUGCAGACGCUGCUGCAGGACCACAGGCACCACGACAAGUUCACAAACACUUACCAGGCCUUCAGGGUGCUGAAGGCCUACGGGGUGCGGGAGUAUUACCGGGGAUUGGUGCCGAUCCUGCUGCGGAACGGGCCCAGCAACGUGCUGUUCUUCGGGCUGCGCGGGCCCCUCAAGCAGCACCUGCCCGAAGCCACCUCCUACAGCUCCAACAUGCUCAACGACUUCAUCUGCGGGGGGCUGCUGGGCGCCGUGCUGGGCCUCCUGUUCUUCCCCGUGAAUGUCAUAAAAACUCGCAUGCAGGCGCAGAUCGGCGGCGAGUUCCAGUCCUUCUCCAAAGUGCUGGCGAAGAUCUGGCUGGAGCGCGACAGGAAGGUGAUGCACCUGUUCAGAGGGGCCCACCUGAACUGCCACCGCUCUGUGCUGUCCUGGGGGAUCAUCAACGCCACCUACGAGUUCCUGCUGAAGCUGCUGUGAGCCCCUGCUGCUCGCGGGGUGCCAGGGAACAGUGCCCAUGUGUGUGACAGGUAUUUAAGGGGUGAAUGGUGAUGCAUUUAAACCUUGGUGCAAUUAUGGUGAACUGUUCAAAGUAUUCCUUUGCUGGCAGGUGAGUUUACCCAUCACAGAGCUGCGAGGUGUAAAAGAGGAAACAAAGGCAGUCUGUAUCACUCCCGAAAUUCCAUAGUGCUCUGUGAUGGGAUGCACUCCACUGCCCAUGCUUAGAACACGAGAAUCAAGGAGGGGCUGAAGAAAAACAAUUCCAUUGCCUGAUCAUCUUCCAAAUCUCGAUUUUGGAACUGCAUUUUCAGAUAUUUUGGGGUCCUCAUUGUGUAAAGCUCAAAGGACAGAUCCAGAAGGGGAUGACUGAGGUGCAGAGCUCCCAGCUGCACCUCAGCUGCUGCAGCCACUGCAGGGUGGCCUGCGGUGACCGUGUCCUCCAGCCUGGCCCUGCGGCCUCAGCCCAGGCUGGACCUCUGUGUGUGUGUGUAUGUGUGUGUGUUUGUCCGUGUGCCUUCCUGCCAAAAGGGAAAACCAGAAGGAAUGGGACAGCAAACUCACUGAAGCUUUAAAGUGUCCUUCCUCGUUAAAAAACACGGAGUUUGUUCUGCUUUUUGUGAGGACUUUUUAUUUUUAUUUUUUUUUUAAUUGCUGCUUUUCCCGUUGCCUCCAGCUGCGGGAUCAGGGCGGUGUCCCUGCCUGCGGUGCUUAGGGGACACCCCAGCUCCUGCAGCUGCUCCAGCACUUCACACACGGCUUUUUGCACUGCCUCACCUUGCCUGCUCGGGUUCCCCCUGCGGGAUCACGGAGCACGAGGUGCUCUCAGCCCACACUCGGGGUUCUGCCUGCUCGGAGUGAGCUGUCAGUGGUUCUGCAGGACAGAGCGGCGCAGGCAGGGUGAGGCUCCUGCGCUGCCUGCUUCAGUGGAGGUCUGUAGGUGGAGUGGGGAUGAAAAGCCAAAGAUGACCUUGGAAGCAGGGAGGCAGGGAAGGUGGGGUGCUUGGAGACGUGUUUCAGGACUGCUGUGGGCAAAGACUGAAAAGGACUGACAGAGAUCUGUGUCUUACAGAGUGGGAGGUGAGAGGGAGAAGAGUUCAGGCUUUACAUGCAGGGACAGAAGAGCGAGCACAGCCCUGAGCCAGAGGAGUGUGUUUGAACGUCCCUGAGGGCUUCCUCUUUAAUUAAAUAUACAUUCACACAUAGACCAGAGCAGAGGGAUGAUGGGGAGCAGCAGAGCUUUCAGAAACCGCUUUGAAUUUAGUCUUUUCUUAAGUCUUGGAGGGGCUAUUGCUUUUCUGAAUCUGAGUUUUCCGUUUGCUAAAACUGUCUUCCGAAAUUGAACCUAAUCAGUGUGCUGUAAUCACAGUCCUGAGCUUCACAGAUGGCAGCGGGAGGGCACAAGCACGAGUUCCUGUAUCCCUGUGGUGAUUUUCUGCAUCUAAAUAAAAUGUUUACUGGAUGUUUGUUACUGGCAGAAUCUGAUUUUUACCAGUGUACCUUUUUUUUUUGUAAUCACUCCUUGAUGGAAUAAAAAAAAAAAUCUGCA